AUGAAUAAAUCCUGUGCCCGCUGCCAGAAGGUGGUUUAUCCGAUCGAGGAGCUGAAAUGUUUGGAUAAGACCUGGCACAAGACGUGCUUCAAAUGUCACGAAUGUGGCAUGACGCUGAACAUGAAGACGUACAAAGGAUUCAACAAACUGCCGUACUGUGAAGCACAUAUUCCUAAAGCCAAAGCUACGACGAUCGCGGAGACACCGGAGUUCAAGCGAAUCGCGGAAAAUACCAAAAUCCAAUCGAACGUCAAGUACCAUGCGGACUUCGAGAAGCUGAAAGGAAAAGUGACGCAGGUUGCGGACGAUCCGGAAACGCUACGAAUCAAGCAAAACACGAAAAAUAUCUCCAACGUUGCCUACCAUGGCGAUCUGCAGAAAAAGGCCGCCAUGGAACGGCAGCGAGAGUGCACGGAAAUCAUCGACAGUAAAGCGAACAAUAAUCGACGAAUCGGUUCAGUCAACGACAUCGACCCGGUUAAUGGUUACUAUGGCUCGGUAGCGGAAAACUCGCAGGCGGCUCUAUAUCAGCAGCAGCAGCAACAGCAACUGUAUCAACAACAACAACAACAACAACAACACCGGCAAUCCCAGCAACAGCAACCGCAGUAUAUUCAACCGCCCCAACAGUACGCUGCACCCGCAUCAAAUGCAACGGGCAAAUCGAUGAGCAAACGCGUCUACCGAGCCCUGUACGACUACGAAGCGCAGGAUAAUGAUGAGGUCGGUUUCAGCGAGGGUGACCUGAUCAUCGAGGUGAACUCAAUCGAUGCUGGCUGGAUGACGGGACGCGUCGAACGCACAGGCCUAACCGGGAUGCUGCCGGCGAACUAUGUCGAGCUGAUGAAAAUUUAA